ACUUCUUCCGAUUCUGCCAGCGCGACUCAACAGAAACUAGUUGUAUUAGACACACAGCUAGGCCUAUUGAUACAGUUCAUGAAUUGUAGGGACGGGGCUUUGUCUAGUUACAAUUGCAUAAAGUCACUGAUAAAGACAGUUUAUUAUUCAACUAGGAUGUUAAGCCUGCAAGUUAAUCGUUUUGGAUAAAAUGGGAUUGGAUAUCUAGAUCUCGUCGGAGAUCUGAUUCCACGAAGGAUCACCAUGUGGCUGUUAUUGGCUUGAUGUGGACCAGGAAAGGAUCUUCACCUUCUAUGCUGCGCUGUCCUUCAGAGACCCGAGCAGAUCUGUCAAUCUAAUCCUUUUCUAUGGAUUAUGGACCUGGCGAAGUGAAAUCCCAGAUUUGGGUUUUGUCUAAUACUACAUGGUAGCAGUUUCCAUAACAAAUGGCUUGUAUUGGAAACCAGUCAUGAAAUUUGGGACUGUAAGGUGCCUGUACACAGGAUAUGAGUGUGCCUAGCCUCUGGACUGAGGACAUAGCAAAACUUGCUGGAGUAGCUAGCAAACCAAAGGGCUCCAAUUAUUUAAUGCAGUCGGACAACCUGUUCAACAAGAAACUCCAAGCGUUAAAGGGGCCUAUGGGACCUCCAAACGCCAACGUGCAAGGAACGCCAGCUAUGCCCAAGAUGGGUGUCCGGGCGAGGGUGUCGGACUGGCCCCAGCGAAAGGAUGGCUGGGAGUCACAGCCUCCGCCACGCUAUGACAGCCUGGUGCCGACCUUCCAGAAGGGACCGUCAAAACUUAGCACAGAGGUCAUCCUCCAAAAGAGCCAGGAGUUGCUCAGUACUGAGAUCCCAGAGACCAAGUAUCUGCUAUGCGACCUCCUGAGCCACUCCCCUAUGAAGGGCUUCCCCGGGAUCAAGAGGAGCAACAGUGAGGUCACCAUUAGCGAUAUCGGCGCUGAGGACUUGGAUCACACCACCAUCAACCCCAACACUGGGGCCACCUUGCGCCGUGAGUAUGGGAGCACAUCAUCUCUCGACAAGCAAGGUCUGUCCGGCGCCAGCGAAGGCUUUGUGGGCACCCUGAGGGGCUACCACAUGGAGGACCGCUCGGACCAACCCAGCGCGCCUCCUCCACAGAGUUUCCCGGAGCUGCUGCGUCUCAACACCACUCUGUCGCCCAGCCUACAGACGGCCACCCAGAUUGCGCGAGGUGACAUUGUCUGCAUCCCGGGCUAUGACUACGUGGACAGCUCCAUGCUCUACAGCCGUGAGCGGGAGAAGUCCUUCCUCCAACGCAUGAAGGCAGAGAAGGCCGACACCUCCAUCUUCCGGAGGCUGCGGAACGUGAAGAGCGAGGGCGAGUACCUGGACCAGGAGGACGGAGGGCGCUUCGGAAGGCCCCUGAGCUUCCAGAAGUGCUUCGCCCACUACGACGUGCAGAGCGUCCUCUUCAACAUCAGCGAGGCGGUGGCCAAUCGCGCCGACCUGGGUCGCAGGAAGAAUACUACCACUGGGGCAUCGGCCGCCUCUCAGUGCCAGGCCCCGGCUUCUGGGCUGGGAGACAGCGCCACGCCAAUUCCUGUCUGUGAGUCUCCCAUAGGCAUCUGCGAGGAGCUGGGUCACAAGGCCAGCAUGGACGCAGAUGAGGGGGAUGGGAAGAGCAAUACCCUGGUGCUCAGCUGCCCGUACUUCCGUAACGAGACUGGUGGCGAGGGCGAGAGAAGGGUGGCCCUGAGCAAAGCCAGCAGCGCCAGCUAUGGGAGUGGAGACUAUGCUCCUAGCUAUGGGGGUGGAGGACAAGGCUACUCUGUGGAGUCAUCGCUCAGCACCCGGUGCACCAACGCAGGGGUGUCGGUGCUCGAGGUGUCAAGGGAGAGCCAGGCCUUCCACAGGGACAUGUACAAGCGCUACAUAAUUGAACACAUUGACCAGGGGGCUUACUACUACCACAAGUACUUCUACAAUAAAGAUCACCAGAACUACUUUGGCACUGAUGAGAACUUGGGCCCUGUGGCGGUCAGUAUCCGCCGGGAAAAGAUGGAUGAGGGAAAGGAGGGAGCACAGUACAACUACCGGGUCACCUUCCGGACCAGCGAGCUCACCACUCUCCGAGGGGCCAUCCUGGAAGACGCCGUGCCCUCCACCGCCAAGCAUGGCAUGGCCAGGGGCCUACCGCUGAAGGAGGUGCUGGAGUAUGUGGUUCCAGAGCUGAACAUCCAGUGUCUCAGGCUGGCCACCAGCUCGCCCAAGGUCCCUGAGCAGCUCCUCAAGCUGGACCAACAGGGGUUGAGCUUCCAGCACAAGGUGGGCAUCAUGUACUGCCAGGCGGGCCAGAGCACCGAAGAGGAGAUGUACAACAAUGAGAGCGCCAGCCCCGCCCUGGAGGAGUUCAUGGAGCUGCUGGGCCAGAGGGUCAGGCUGAAGGGCUUCACAAAGUACCGGGCCCAGCUGGACAACAAAACGGAUUCCACUGGAACACAUUCUCUCUACACUACUUACAAAGACUAUGAGCUGAUGUUCCACGUGUCCACACUGCUGCCCUACACCCCCAACAACAGACAACAGCUACUGAGGAAGAGACACAUUGGAAAUGACAUUGUCACCGUCAUCUUCCAGGAACCUGGCGCUCUUCCCUUCACUCCCCAAAACAUUCGCUCGCACUUCCAGCACGUGUUCAUCAUCGUCAAAGUCCACAACCCUUGCACAGAAAAUGUUUGCUACAGUGUGGCGGUCACCAGAUCUAAAGACGUGCCCGCCUUCGGUCCUCCUAUCCCCCAGGGGGUGUUCUUCCCAAAGUCGGCCAUGUUCCGGGACUUCCUCCUGGCCAAGAUGAUGAACGGCGAGAAUGCAGUGCAUAAGUCGGACAAGUUCCGCGCCAUGGCCAUGCGCACGCGCCAAGAGUACCUGAAGGAUUUGGCCGAGAACUUUGUAAGCGCCACCCCUGUGGACUCUUCGGCGGCCAAGUUCAGCUUCAUCUCGUUGGGUGUCAAGAAGAAGGAGCGCAGCCGACCCCGGCGCAACGCCCACCUCCAGAGCUACGGGGCGGUCACUUGGGCCGUGGUGGCCCGGGACUUUGGCCAGUCAGCAGACAUUGGCUGCUUGCUGGCCGUCUCCAAUGAGUUUGUGGUGCUGAUCGAAGAGGCGUCCAAGGAGGUGGUGUUCAACUGCUACUGCCGCGACGUCCUCGGUUGGAGCUCAACAUCCGGGAGCGUCCGGCUUUUCUACGAGAGAGGCGAGUGUGUAGUGUUCUCCACGCAGGAAGGAUGCUGGGACGAUGUCCGGGAGAUCAUGCAGAGGUUGGAGAUUGUCACCCGGGGCUGCGAGACAGUGGAGAUGACCCUCCGGCGAAACGGUUUGGGCCAGCUGGGAUUCCACGUCAACUUCGAGGGUGUGGUGGCAGACGUGGAGCCCUUCGGCUUCGCCUGGCAGGUGGGUCUCCGUCCGGGCAGCCGGCUGAUGGAGAUCUGCAAGGUGGCCGUGGCCACACUGUCCCACGAGCAGAUGAUCGACCUGCUGCGCACGUCCAACACGGUCAGUGUGGUCAUCGUCCAGCCCCAUGAGGACGGCACACCCAGGAGGAGCUGCUCGGAGAUGUACCGCGUCCCCGUGGUGGAGUACAAGACCACCACGGCUGCCGGCUGGCACCGCGUCUCGACCGUCCCAGGUGGCGGCCCGUCCAUGUCCCGGGCCUCCCCCACACAGGGCCCCAGCCCCGGGCAGCAGAUGUUCCACUACGCCCAGGGGGCCAUCUCCCGCAGCACCUCCUUCGACAGGAAGCAACAGGACGGGACCAGGGUACUGCAGGAAUAUGAGAUAUCCCCUACGGCCUCCUGUAGCAGUCGGGAACCUGGACAACUGUACUGCAGCUCCCCCAGCAACCAGUCCACGUCCAGUGACCCCGGACCCUGUGGCACCUGGUCCCAGAAGGCUGGAUACAUUAACGGAUGCCAGUCACCUGCGCUGCACCUGGACCAGCCGAGCGACAAGGAGGGAGAGGGCCGGAGAGAGGGGGAGCCCAAGCUGGAGAGGACCAGAUCAGCAGAGGCGAAGUGGCACCAUCCCUCCACGAAGAUUCUGAACAUGAGGGAGAGAAGCCAGCCGAGACAAGGAGCAAAGGACUCCCCCAAUAAAUACCAACAUUCUGGCUCCAGUCACUCCAGCAGCAACACUCUCUCCAGCAAUGCCUCCAGUGGCAGCAGCGACGAAAAGCGCUUCGGCUCUGGCGACCCCAUGGACCCCGAUGCCCUGGGCCUCAUCUACAUCAAGGGCGCGUCCACCGACAGUGGCAUCGACACGGCGACUUGCAUGCCCCCGCCGCCUCCCCCUCUACCUGGCUGCAGCGGAGGUGGCGCACCGGGGGUCUCGGCCGGCCGACCAGUCCCCCAGGAUGCCCGAGGGGAGCAGUGGGUAGUGGAGUACUCCGGAACGGGGGGCUACCACGGAGCGGGGACGCCAGAAGAAGGGUUGACGUCACAAGGCUAUAGCACCCAGGCCACUUCGGCUGGGCACGUAACGGACGGGAGCCUGGGCGACCUGAGUGAGAUUUCCUCCAUGUCCAGUGGCUCACGACACUCUGGCAGCCCCUUGGAACGUGGUCCUAAGACCUCCACCUCGGUUGACUCUUCCCAAGUCUACAUCGUCUCCUCCGGUGGCACGGUGACAGGGGUGGGGCUUAAUGCUGCCGUCCACACCCGCCAAUCACCAGGCAAAGAGUAUCUGAUUGGCUGGAAGAAAGCUGAGGAUGGCUCUCCAAUGGUGGAUCCGGGCAGGUCAAAAGACUACAGUGGAGUGGAAGGCGUAUUGUCUUUCCUACUAAAGACUCUAACACUGAGAUCCAGGCUGCGGGCCAUGCUGGGUGCAGACGGCCAGCUCCAGCAGGUCCAGCCCAGCCUGACCAGAGAGGCCUUCCUGAAGAUGAUGCUGCCCGACAGUCCCCCCGAGGAUGGGGGUCGUGGCAAGAGUCUGACUGGUCCUGGCGGCCUGCCCAUGUCCCCGAGGAGGUCCCUGUACCGGACCCUGUCGGACGAGAGCCUGUGCAGCAGCCACAGGAAAACCCUGUCCCUGGUCAGCUCCCGGAGCUCUCUACUGGACCAGGCCCUGCCCAACGAUAUCCUGUUCAGCACCGCCGCUGGGCCCUACCACAGCACCCUGCCACCUCGCAUGAACCUCGGCCACAGCCAUGGGGCGCCGCUACACAAGAAUGAGCUGUGGUUCUCUGACAGCUCCCUGGCCGACCGCUGCAAAAUGGCCGAUGGCAGUCUGAUGCCCCUCCCGGAAGCAGUGUCUGGCCUGGACUGGUCCCAUCUUGUUGAUGCCGCAAGGGCUUUUGAAGGUCUGGAGCUCGACAAGGAUGCCAGUCGUCUGUGUGAUAAAGACAAUCAGAAAGACUCACUAGCAUCGGACCAGGGUUCACUCUGCUCCAUGUUGGACGUGGAGCAGGCCCAGCAAGCCAUGGAGCUCUCCCAUGAGCUGAGUCGGAGGGUGGCUGCGUCCGAGGCCGCCGCUCUGAAGGCAGGGGAUGGCUCUCCUGCUCUGCUCACGGGCAAAGUCCUCCAACUGGAAGAGAUCCUCAGACAGCUUCAGUUCGACCUCAGAAAGGAGCAAGAGGACAAGGCCAUGUUGCAGGAGCAGGUCCAGCACUUGCGUCAGGACAACAUGCGUCUGCACGAGGAGAGCCAAACGGCAGCCGCUCAGCUCAGGAGGUUCAGUGAAUGGUUCCUACACUCGGUCGACAACAAGAAGCCCUGAGAAAAAAGGAAGACAAAAAACACUGACACAUACACACACUGACACACUGCAACAUGGCCGUUAACUCCACAUUACCUGAGCCAGUGGCAUGUCAAGAGGGACGAUGUCUGCAGUGAUUCAAAGUGAAUAGCCAUCGCAUGAGAACGAGAAGUUGCGAGUUAGCGUGCUAAUGCUAGUAGCGUUGUUUUAAAAUCAAAACAACAACAUGAAUUAGUGUAAAUAUACCAAGGGGCCAGGGGGAGGGUAAAGGGAUACAUUUAUAGAAGGUUUAGAUAAAGGGGAGGAAGGGAAGAAUGUAUCAGACCUCAUGUUUUUGGCUAUUUGCUUAUAGGAAGGAACAUGUGAAUUUAAAACAAAUGAAUGUAACUUAUGUGAAAUCUAUAUUCUUUUGCCGAAUAAGGCAAAUGUAAAAUGUAUCAGCUCCCUCAGUAAACAACAAUGAAAAGAAGUUCACCCAAAUAAACUGACUCAACUUUACCUUGACUUUUAAUGUAUUAUAAAACAACUGAAAUAACUAAGGUGUUAUAAGGUUCUUGUAUAAAAAAAAAGCUAAUCUUUAGUAAGUUUUGUAGAGUACUCCACUGUUUUCAACAAAAAAAAUAGAAAUUGUCCUAGCAAUAAAUAUGGUGAUAGUCACAAAACUGUUAUUAAUGGUUAGCACUGAUUGUGGUGUUGUCGAGAUUGCGGUUGUAUUGGAUUUCUUGGAAGUGUUUAUUUUGCAGGAACAAAAAUGUGCCUGACUUUAACCAGUGGUGUAUGGAUACUGUAGUCUUUUCUGUUGUUGUAGUACCUCGUCCUUUUCCAACCCCACGCCUUGUCAACUACUCUCACUAAUGAUGUCUACCAUGAUAUUAUUACCUUUUUAUUUUUGCCACAGAGAAAAGUAUUCUUAUGCAGUUGACCCCGAACACUUGCAGGUACACAAGGUACCGCCAAGUGUAUGAAUUAUGUAUUUUCAAUGCCAAAAUGUGUUUGAUGGUCUUUGUACAGUACUUCAGAGAAAGUGUCUUGUAUUUAACACUCUUAUUUAAAUUUACCCUCCAAAUUGUUUAUUUUAAUAUUGAGUAUUUUGUUCUUUUCUGCACUAAAAAAGAUUAACGGCUCCUUAUUGGCAAUAUCUGUAUAGUUGGCAAGAGAUAAGAUAUAAAUACUAUAUACAUAUAAAGGGUUAUUUCUGGGAAGUCCAACGUUUGGAUGCUGCUAGAAGACAGCCUGUUGUUUUUGUAUGCCUUUCUUUCUUUGUAAGGUGUUUUGUUAACGAUGGGACAAAAGGUUUGCUUUUUUAAUAAAUGUAGGAUGUUGGAAAAACAAAA